AUGCUCACCAGCGUCGAGCUGGUGCGCCUGGAGCGCGAGCAGAAGGAGAGCGCGCAGCGCGCCGCCACGCUGACGAGGUCCGCCCUGGAAGCCGAGAAGAAGCUGGUCGCCGCGAUGAAGACCGAGGCGACGGCGGCCUCGGAGCUGCUGCAGGCGGAGCGCGCGGCCAGGUUUGCGGCGCAGGCGGAGGCGAAGGAGAUCCAGCGGCAGCUGAGGGAGGCCGGCGAGAGCCUGGAGGCGAGCAGGAGCCAGAGCGUCGAGCUGGGUGAGGAGCUGGAUAGCACCAAGUCGGCGCUGGAGGCGGCUGCCGAGAAGCUGGCGGCGACGGAGGCGGAGGGGGCGCGGCGGGCGGAGGCGCUGGCGCGGGAGCAGGCGGAGGGGCUGAGCAUGAAGGAGGCCAUGAGCAAGCUCAAGGAGCAGGCUGCGGAGCUCGCCGCCAAGGCGGCGCGCGAGGCGGAGGAGGCGGCCGCCUACAGGGAGUCUGCUGAGAAGGAGUACCAGGCUCUCAGCAGGGCGCUGGAGAAGGAGCAGGCUGUCGCGUCUGUGGUGUCCCAGGACCUGUCAGAGGCGCGUGAGGCGCUGUCCGCCAGCGAGGCGCGCGCGGGCAAGCUGGCGGACGAUCUGUCGGAGGCGCGCGCCACGGCGGAGAACAUGCGGCGCGAGAUGCGCAACCUGGCGGCGCAGAUGGAGGCCACCGAGAAGCUGCUCGCGAACGAGCAGACCAAUAACAAGCAGCUGCUCGCCGGCAGCGAGCAGCUGGCUGCUGACCUGGCAGGCGCCAAGGCGGCGCUGGAGGCGGCGCAGAAGGGGCUCGAGGCGGAGAGCGAGGCGGCGGCGGAGCUCAGGGCCGAGCUCGAGAACAUCAAGACCGAGUACAUUGCCGCGGGUGACCUGAUUGAGGCGGAGCAGGGCCGCGCCAUGGCGCUCAAGAAGAGCGUCGCGGAGGCGGAGAGGCGCAUCAGCAACCUCAACGACACCAACAGCGCACUUAACAAGGAGCUCGCCAAGCUGAAGUCAAACUACAGCGCCGAGCUGGAGGAGGCUGAGAAGAAGGUCGCUGAGCUGGAGGCCGCCAAGGCCGCCGCGCAGCAGCUUGCGGGCGAGACCGCCGACAAGCUCGCCGCCGAGCAGAGGCGCUACGCCGAGCGCGCCGAGCGCCAGAGGGCGGAGGACGCCGCGCUCACGCAGCGCCUGGCGGAGGCCGACCGCGAGCUGAGAGCUCUCAAGGCUGCAGCCAGCGUCGACAACAGCGCUGAGCUGGCCGAGGCGCAGAAGAGGGCGGCCGAGCUGGAGGCUGCCAAGGCUGCGGCGGAGCAGCUGGCGGGCGAGACCGCGGACAAGCUGGCCACAGAGCAGAAGCGCUCCGCAGAGCGCGCCGAGCGCCAGAGGGCGGAGGACGCCGCGCUCACGCAGCGCCUGGCGGAGGCCGACCGCGAGCUGAGGGCUCUCAAGGCUGCUGCCAGCGCGGACAACAGCGCCCAGCUGGCUGAGGCUGAGAAGAAGGCGGCUGAGCUGGAGGCCGCCAAGGCCGCGGCGGAGCAGCGCGCCGCCGCCACCGCGGACGAGCUCGCCGCCGAGCAGAAGCGCUAUGCGGAGCGCGCCGAGCGCCAGAAGGCGGAGGACGCCGCGCUCACGCAGCGCCUGGCGGAGGCCGACCGCGAGCUCAAGGCGCUCAAGUCCGCAAGCCGCGCGGCUGAGAGGGAGCUGGUCGCCAAGCAGGAGGGCGUCGAGGCGGCGCUCGCCUCAGCCAGCGCUGACCUGGCGUCCGCGCGCGCGCAGCUGGAGGCGGCGCAGGGGCGCGCAGGGGACGAGGCCGCGGCCAGGGUGGAGGCCGAGAAGAAGCUGAACUCGAUCCAGCAGGAGCUCAAGUUUGUGCGCGAGGAGGUGGACACGGCCAAGGCCAACGCCGCGCGCGCGCGCGCCGACCUGGACGCCGAGCGCGCCGGCCGCGAGGCGGCGGAGCAGAAGGUGACGCAGCUGCGCGCCAAGCUCGACGCCGCGGCCGAGCGGGCGGGCGCCCCCGCGCCGGCCGCGGCUGCGGCCAGCAACGGCGACGGGGCCGCCGAGGCGGCGCCCAAGGCGCCCGCGCGCCGCGCCGGCACGCGCAGCCGCAGCGAGAGCAAGGCGAGCAAGGAUGCCAAGGCGGCGGCGGGCGCGGGCGCGGACGCGCAGGAGGCGGCCGCAGACAAGGUCCCUGUGACCAACGGCGCCGGCUCUGGCCGCGGCCGCAAGGCCUCGAACGGCUCCAAGGGCUUCGGGUCCUCGUGA